GCACCACGAUCUGAACACGAUGGCAUCUGCACAGUUUGUCUUCUAUCUGACUUGUCUGUUCUUGGGGGAAAUGGCUCAGAUGAAUCACCUGAAUAUACCGUCACUGGUUCAUCAAGACAGAGGUUUUCUGUCUGCUAACACUGGAGACAGUGUGACUUUGCGAUGUUUCUAUCGAGACGACAUUCUUGCAAGGUUUUACUGGUAUAAACAAAUCUCGGGACAGAAACUGAGGCUCAUCUCCAUGUUCCACAAGUAUGAAACAGAAGCCACUUUUUAUGAUGAAUUCAAGAGUAAUCCACGCUUCACACUGGAUACUGAAAAAGGUAAAAAUCACCUGACGAUAACAGAUGUGCACACUUCAGACUCUGCAACUUAUUACUGUGCAGGCAGCUAUUCAUACACAUUUGAGCUUGCAGAGGGCACCACCCUCAAUGUAAAAGGUUCAGGUUUGAACUUCCAAGCUUUAGUCCAGCAGUCGGCGUCUCAGACCAUCCAACCAGGAGACUCACUGACUCUGAACUGUACAGUACAUACUGGGACCUGUGAUGGAGAACACAGUGUUUACUGGUUCAAAACUGAAGAAGAAUCCCUUCCAAGAAUCAUUUACACCCGUGGAGGCAAGAAUGAACAGUGUGGGAAGAAACUCAACACACAAACACACACCUGUGUCUACAACCUGCCAGUAAAGAAUAUGUCUCAUGCUGGAACCUACUACUGUGCUGUUGCCUCAUGUGGACACAUACUGUUUGGAAACGGGACCAAGCUGGACUUCAAAUAUGAAGUGGACUCUCUUGUCUCCGUCCACAUCUUGUGGGGAGCUCUGGCAAUCACCACCAUCCUGAGUAUUUUCCAGGCUUUCAUAAUGUGUGUGAUCCUCAAAAGAAACAGAUCCAAAUGCAAAGAGCUGCAUUCAAGACCUCCUUCCGCAACAAAUGCAGAGGGCAACCAAGAUGAAGAAAACAUUCAUUACGCAGCUUUGAAGCACAACAAGGUUAACAGAUCAAGAAAUCAGAGAAACACAGAGACUGAAUGUGUGUAUUCAGGUAUAAAGCAGUAGAGCUGGACAUGUUUCCUAUUUCUUUGUUGCUGUUAAUACAUGGACUGCAGCAUUCAAGCAGCACAGUAUGAUCUUGUGUUCAUUGUGCGUAAUUUUCUGCGUAAAUUAACAACUUUGUAUAUUUUAACAUGAAAGUUUUCUAUCUGUGGUCUAGAAUCAGAAUUUUGCUAUUUUUGUAUCACAAUCUGAUGUCAGUUGUUGGCUUGUGUUACUUUAAUAUAUUGUUUAUAAAGGAAUAGAUGAAAGUUUGAAGACUUGUUCUCUCUAGAUUUAAGUAUGGUGUAAUCAUUUUGCAUUGGAUGCAUUUUAUGCAGUAGAGAUAAAUGCAGAUGAAUAAUUAGAAAACUCUUCUGAUUGGGAGUCCUCAUAGAUUUACUAGAUUUUAUUCACAAAACCACAAGAUGUUACUCCAAGGUGUCAUCUACUGUAAGCGCUAAGAAGUCAAGAGGAGUGCUUCCAUUGAUCUGGGAGUGUUGAUUACAAUAUGGAACAGCUUAUUCUAAGAAACUGGAAGAGCUAAGUGAUACCAAUAAUCAGGCCUAAGGGCCAUUUUGCUGAAACGACUGUAUGAACACCAUGCUAUCUGUACAAGAAAAACUUCCAACUUGAAUACUGGGUGAUCAUUCUUCGGGCAGACGAGACAAAGAUAUAUUUGUUUAGCUGAGAUGGAGUCCAGCAUCUUUGGCUUGAACCUGGUUCUGGAUGCAACAGUGAAUGUAUUGUCCUGAUGGUGAUGCAUCGAGUGUGAUGUUAUGGGGCUGCAUGAAUACAAAAGGUGGUGGGGUGAUGACAUGUAUUAUAUGCUGCUCUAUGAAUGCCUGUGGAUAAACCAAAAUACUGGCUGAUAAGAUGACCCCCAGUCUGCAGAAGCUUGGCAGAAGAGGAAUAUUCCAGCAUGACAACAACUAGAAGUAUACAAAGCAAAGAUGUGGGUGAAAAAAAAGAACGGUAGAACAUCUGUCAAGAAUUCUGUGCAACAUUGGUAUCGUCCAGGAAGAGGAGGAUUAAGUUUGUCAUCAAAAAUCAAUGUAAGCAUGCAUGAAUAUAGCAAAAUCUACAAGAACAUGAUGAAAGGUGUACUGACUUUUGUCACACUGAGUUUGUACAAUUUUAAAUAAAGCAAAUGCAAUGAAUUUAAUGUUAGAAGUGAUGCAAUUAUUGUAAAGUGAUCCAAUUUUGGACCAUCAGACAUUUGUGUCUAUUUUCAGUGGGUGACCAAGGAAGGA